UCAUUUUCAUCUUUGCCAUGGCGGUACGAGGCUUGAGUUUGACAAACGCGAGCAAUUUUGUCGCGUUUUCUGGCGAUGGGACGGUGAAAAAAAUUAAUGAGAAUUCGUGCAAGAUGAGUAGGAAAUUCUCGGUGGAUGCUGGUUUUGCAGCGAGGAAGUCGGCAGCGAGGAAGGUUGUGGAGAGAAGCUCGUGCUUGGCUCGUUUGUGGAAAGAAGUGAGAGGUGUACACAACGGGAAAGAUGUUGUGGAGCCUCUGGAUCCGCUUUUGCAGCAUGAAAUACUGCGGUACGGAGAGUUUGUGGCUGCUUGUUACCAGGUUUUCGACUUGGAUCCCGGGAGUAGCCGAUACUUAAACUGCAAGUACGGUAAAAAUAGCAUGUUAAGUGAAGUUGGCUUGCUUGAUUCGGGGUAUGAGGUGACAAAGUACAUAUACGCCACUCCGGAUAUCACCAUUCCCACGCAGAAUGAUCGUUGUUGUGGGCGUUGGAUAGGCUACAUUGCAGUGUCCUCCGAUGAGCAAGUGAAGAGGCAUGGAAGGAGGGAUGUGAUGGUCGUGUUUCGAGGCACGGUGACACAUCACGAAUGGCUGGCUAAUUUCAUGAGCUCAUUGACUCCAGCGCGUCUUGAUCCGCAUACAUCAAGGCCUAAUGUGAAAGUGGGAGCUGGAGUCCUGAGCUUGUACACUUCCAAUGAAAGUGGCAACAAGUUCGGGCUAGGAAGCUGCCGAGAGCAGCUACUUUGUGAGGUUACAAGGCUACUCAACAUGUACAAAGGAGAGGAAACAGUGAUAACUUUAGCAGGUCAUAGUAUGGGAAGCUCAUUGGCCUUAUUACUAGCUUACGAUAUCGCUGAGCUUCAACUCAAUGUAAAUGAUAACACAAAAAACAAAAUUCCUAUCACCGUUGUCUCCUUCGGAGGGCCUCGAGUUGGAAACCAAGGAUUUAAAGAAAGAUGCGAUGAACUAGGCGUAAACGUCUUGAGAGUAGUGAAUGUCAACGAUCCAAUCACGAAGAUGCCUGGAGUGGUAUUCAAUGAGAAUUUUAGGGUUUUAGGUAUGAAUAUGGGUUUUCCUUUGUUGUGCUGCUCGUGUUAUGUCCAUGUGGGGGUUGAAAUAGCCCUUGACUUUCUCAAGAUGAGAAAUCCGUCCCGUGUUCAUGAUAUAGAGACAUAUCUCAGCUUGUUGAAGCUUCCCAAUAAAGCGGAAAUAAAACAGAAAGGGUUGGAUAUUGUGGAUAAAGUUAAUUGGUUUUUGUCCAGGGCACAAAACAUUAAAAGUUUGGAAACUGCUAUGGACAUGGUGAGCAUGACCCAGUCUCAGAGAACAUAA